CGGCCCGAAGAAAUUUCAAACAGUUGCGGCCGUGAGGCGCUUGUGAACGCAUCUUGUUGGUGAAAAAAUUAUAGCCUUAAUAUAGCCGGGAGCUUAACUCAAAAAUCAUAAUGAAGUCUGUCGCUUUGAUCCUAGUUUGCUUGGCUUUAAGCUGCCAAGGUAGAGUCGUCCAAUUACCAGACAAACCCAUCGAUAUUCCGGUGACCAUAAUCGAGGAUAAGCAGCCCCUGGAGUCCCUGUCUCUGGUGAAGGAGGAAGCCCUGCCGAUCAAGCCCGAAAUUUUGGAGGAGAAGGCCAAGGAAAUCAAUGAGGAAAUUAAGCCAGAAAUUAAGGAAGAAAUUAAGCCAGAAAUCAAAGAGGAAAUUAAACCAGAAAUUAAGGAAGAAAUUAAGCCAGAAAUCAAGCCUGAAAUCAAAGAGGUUUUGCCUGCAAAGCCCUUAGAGCUUAAGGAGGAGAUCAAGGAAACUCCUCAAGAGAUCAAGGAAACUCCUUUAGAGAUCAAGGAAAUUCCCCAGGAGAUCAAAGAGGAGCCCAAGCCCGAACUGCCUGAGAUUAAAGAGCAGCCUGCCGCCGAAGAGCCAGCCCAAAUUGUCCUGAAAACCCUGCCAGCUGAAGAGCCCACCGAGCAGCUCGCACCCGUUCCCAAUCCCCAGGAGCAGGAUCAGUCAGAGGUUCAGGACUCGGCCCAUCCCCAGGUCCGUCAAGCCACCCAGGCCACCCCCACCCAGAGCUCCACCCAGGGCAACUUUGUGCAGCAAUUGAUCCAGAAUUCCCCGAUCGGUCAGUUCCUGAAUCAGUUCCAGCCCCAGCAGCAGCAGCAGGCACAGCCCACUCCGGCUCCGGCUCAGGUCCAGGCAGAUGACGCUGCUCAGCCCACUCCUGCCCCUACAGUGCCCGGCUUCCUGAAUCCCCAGGCCGCCUUCACCUCCGCCCAGCAGGCUGUCCAAAAUGCCGCCCAGACCGUGGUCAACUCCACCACUCAGGCCUUCCAGGGCAUCCAGCAGUUCGCCAGCAAUCUGGGCAACCAGUUCCAGAACACCCUUUCCGGCUUCGCCAAUCCCCAAGCGGCGGUAUCCACCACUCCGCGUCCUCCCGGCCCCAUCCAGCAGUUUGUGAACAAUGUCUUUGGCGGCGGAAACGCCACGGCCGCCACUCCGGCCCAGAACCAGCAGCAGGGCGGCAAUCCCCUCCAGGGUAUCAUUAACUUCCUGGGCGGUAACCGUCCGCAGAACGCUCCAGCUCCCACUGUGACCGAGGCGCCGACCAAAAAGCCAGAAGUCGACGACAAGAUCGAUCCCAACUCCCAGGACGAGGUGGCUGAAUUUGUCCCAGAGUCCGAGAACGAGAUCCGUGCCAGUGGCGAGACGAUCGACGACUCCUUCGAGGAGGCAGCUGUCCCCUCCAACGAGGUCAUCGUGGUCAACGACGAUGCCAGUGAGGGCGGCGAGGUGGCCGAUCCUGUCCAGCCAUCACAUCCUGCUACCCCAGAUGCCGUGGCCCUCUGAGGCACUCACCGUUCACAUAGACUGACAUUUUCAUUUUCGUGGCCAUUAUUCGAUUUUUUCGAGAUCGAGAAUGAAAGGAAAAUGUUUCAUUAGUUUUCUAAGAGCACAUGCAACGCAAAACAAAUUAUUUAUUUCAUACUCGUACUCGUACUCUACCCAGGAAUUUAUCUAUAACAGAAAUUACAAAAUAAAAAUCAAUAAAUAAAACAUAAAAAUAUAAAAA